AUGGCAAAGAGCCUCCAACAAAUUCAUAAUAAGGGGGUCGUGCACUGUGAUCUUAAACCACAAGAUGUGCUGGUGGUCCCAGCAGAAACCAUGCAGGUAAAUAUUGUCGAUUAUGGUCACGCCCGCUUUUUAGGGCAGGACUUGCAGCUUGGCCCAGAACCCUCAAGUGUUCGCUUGGCCAGUCCUACAACAGACAUAUAUGACCUGGGAAAAAUAAUGAGUUCAAUAUUUCAUGAAAUAGGGGAGGAAUGGCCGACGAAGCUUUUAGAAGUAAAACAAACAAUUUUCAGUAGUGACCCAAAGGUGAGGCCCAACCUGGAGAAAAUUAUAAAAGACGUUGAAAAUUGUCUCGAGGAGACAAUUGAGACUCUUACCCCGGUCACCAAUCCCGUCGAGGAUAUAAAAGAUGUUGAAAAUUGUCUCGAGGAGACAAUUGAGACUCUUACCCCGGUCACCAAUCCCGUCGAGGAUAUAAAAGACGUUGAAAAUUGUCUCGAGGAGACAAUUGAGACUCUUACCCCGGUCACCAAUCCCGUCGAGGAUAUAAAAGACGUUGAAAAGUGUCUCGAAGAGACAAUUGAGACUCUUACCCCGGUCACCAAUCCCGUCGAGGAGGAAUCAUCCCCCCAAAAACCCCUUCAUAAUAUGGCUAAAUAG